AUGAUAAAACUCAGAAUCUCGUCUCGACCUUUUAGGUUAAUGAAAUCACAAACAAUCACUAGACAAUAUGCAACAAGAUUAGCUGAAGAUUCACCAUUUGAUCAUUUACCAAAAUAUAAAAACCCCAGAUGGAUAAAUUGGAGAACAACUACAUUAUUUUUCUUAUUAGGUGGUUACUUGUCAUAUAAUGAGACACUUUUCAAUAUUUAUGAAUCAAUGACAUCAAUUGACUAUGACGACUCUGUAGCUAAAAAUAAUACAAUUCCAAUUUUGAAAUUAGAAUAUAAGUUAAAGAAUUUACCAAUUUAUCAAAAACUAGCUCACCCUAAGAACAACCAUCAAUGGUAUAAAUUAUCAAGUUGGGAAAACCUUGAUAGAAAUGUUUUGGAUAAUCAAGAAUUUAAAAGUGGAACAUCCACUAGUAUAAAACAUCAAGAUGAAUACAAAGAACCAACAUUAACCAAUCAAACAUUAAAUAAACCAGGUGGUAUUUUAAUUAAACCAGUUACAUUUCACAACAUAGACACAGAUGAAGGAGUUUCAAUAAUCCAUGCAGGUUAUAGGUUAUGUGGAUACCCUUUCAUAGUUCACGGAGGUAUAAUAGCCACUUUACUCAAUGAAACUUUCAAGAGAAAUGCAUCCUUAAAUCAAUUAACUACUUCAAAUUUAAAAGAUGAUUUUAAAGUUGAAAAUUUAACUAUAAAUUAUAAACGUCCAACUUUUGCAAACCAAUUUUUAAUCAUAAAGACAAAGACUAAAGAAUCACCUAAAAAUGAUAAAAAGACUAUUGUAUUGGAGAGCGUUAUUGAAAAUUCUGAUGGGAAAGUUUUGGUUAAAAGUACUGCUGAAUUACAUGAUACUGGUAGAGCUUCUAAUAAAUCAGUCAAUAAAGUCAAUAAAAGUUGGUGGUAA